AGCCAUGGGCUCCCAACAAAAUGCAUUUGAAGGGAGCCUUCGUCCAGCCUCCGCAGCUGCAGGCGAAACCUGCGGUAUGCAGGCCGAGGCGCGCAAGACCGAGCUUUAGAUGGCAAAGUUCCUGGAAGGCCUCACCUCUGGUGCUUUUGGCGAUGAGGACCCCCGCAACCUCAAAGCUGCCGCCCCGCUUGCGGGCGCGCGAGGAUAGAGCCCGGCAAAGAGAACAUGCCAAUUUGCCAAAGGAACCCGUGCUGGUUCCGAUGGAUGUGCCCGGAGAGGCCAAUGAGUCCAAUGAGGCGUUCCUCAUGCUCAAGCCGCAUGCGAGCACGGCGAAGGCGCGCGAGGCUGUUCGAAAGAUACUGGAGGACAAUGGCAUUGCGGUAGUGAAGGAUGGCAGCAUCAGCGCGGAAGAUGUCCGGCAAAGGCGCCUGAUCGAUAAGCACUACGGGCGCGUGGCCCAACUGGCCCUGGAGGUGUUUCCACAGGCUCUGGUGGUGCCAAAGAAGGGCCAAGCAGCUUUCAAGGAGUGCUUCGGCUUGCCCUGGAAGCAAGCCAUGGAGAAGGACUUGGUGGUAAAUGCCGACCAGGCCAUGAAGAGGCUGGGUUGGACAUCCGACGAGCUUGGCACGCGGUGGGACGAAUUGAAGUCAGGUGUUGGGAAGGUGAAAUUUGGAGGCGGCUUCUACUGCGGAUGUCUCUCUGGGCUCUACAUUAUCAAUGGCUUCUACAUGGCGAUGCGUGACAAUUAUUUUCGGACGGGCAGGUCUGUGGAGUGGUUUUGUCUGGAGUGGAGGGCCUCGAAGAUGUCGUGGAAGAAGUUUCGCGAAGAGGUAAUCGGUGAGACGGACCCGGCAGUUGCCCAUCCUCACUCCCUGCGCCGGCACUUCUUCGAAAAUUGGGAGAGGCUCGACUUACCUUCUGAACCCCAUACUGGGGAAAAUUGCAUCCAUGGCGCCGCUAGCCCCUUGGAGGCCACGAUGGAGAGGAGGAACUGGCUCCACGACGUCGGCUACUCCGACGCCUUCUGGCAACUGCUGCAUGAAGCAGGCGCCACCCCGGAGCAUCUGGAGAAAUGGAGGCUGAACCCUGUCGUUACUGUUGGAGAGAGGACUUGCGCACUCUUCGACCACGUUGAAAAUUUAGAUUGCUUCUCCUGCGUGGAGGCUCUGCAGCCCUUGCUGCGAUCCUGAAGCCCGUGAGUUUAGCUGGAAAUCGGAGAGACAGCGAUGGCGUUUCGAGCUUUGAGCUCGGCCUUUCAAUUGCACGCACCUAGCGAGAGAGUUGGCA